AUGGCCUGCGUCAGCGCCUGGAGCGCCUCCGCGGUCGACAUGGGUUCGGACGCGGACGGCACAGUGGGCACAAGGGUGCCCGAUGUGCCAACCAUCGGCAGCAACACGGCGGAUUGUGGCACGGCGGAGGCAGACACGCCGGUCGUGGGAGCAGCGGAGGAAGGAGGGACCGUCGUCGAUGAGUCCCCGGAUGUUGCCAUGGUCUCUGAUACCAGGUUGGUACGGCGACGGGAUUUACUUCGAAGGAAGUACGGAGGAGAUAGAGGGGCGCGAGAGCGUGUGAGGGUUCGGCCGACAGGAGCCGUGAUUGUGAUUGCGGCGGCAAGGGGUGACGAUGAACAGGAAGACGCCGGGCGCCCAAGGAGAAUGGGAGAUGACAUGCGGUAUCGCAUUGGUCGACUCACACCAAGACUGCCCGAGCCAGUACUUCAGAGGCAAAUCAGAUCCUAUGUUCUACUUGAAUUAGACAACUUGCUAAAAAAUGUCGGUUAUGCAUUGGAUCGCUUCCAGCUACCACAACCAGAUGAUGAUACCUCAGCAGUUCUUGAAAAUAGACUGAUACUGGAUGAACUCUCUUAUGGAUCUGAUGGUACAGCAGAAUUAGCGAUUCAGCAGAUUGCACACUUGAAUCCAGACCAGUGGCUUAUUUACGACACUAUACAACAUUCAGUUACGGUACAUAGUGUUUCAGUAGCCUUGGGACAGACAGAGAAUGUUAGCAGGUUCCACCUAAGGAUUACAUACACUAUAUGCUCUUUCUACAAUCACUCCUACUGCAUACUCCAUGCUUGCAACGUGACUCCUUCCGUACCAGCUGACGGAGGGAACGAGCCAGAGAACGAGGACGUCGGAGAUGAGUACCGUGAGUUCGACGUCGAGGACCCGAAUUGCCAGCAGGAGUUUCUCGAGGAUGUCGAUGGAGGCAAGUCCAAUCUAAUCCCCUUUGAUGCAUGUUGA